AUGGUGGUAGAAUCUAGCUCUUCUGGCAUGGCUGAGGUGCCAUUGAAGACGCCUUUGCCUCGGAAAAGUGCCUUCUCUUGUGAGGCCUGCCGCAAGCGCAAAGUGAAAUGCAACGGCGCCAGUCCGUCAUGCUCGCGAUGCGCUGCGCGCGGCGAGGUGUGCGUCUAUAGCUUAGCCCCAACUUUAUCUUAUACCAAGCAACUAGAGACUCGGGUGGCUCAGCUAGAGGAUGCUCUUUCCAAGCUCCGGGGCCAAGCUAACGAGGUCGAGGCUCGAAAAGGAAGUUCCCCUGCUUCGACGGGGGAGAGUAGCGCAAGUCCGGGUAUACGGACACGCAUCAAGGAGGAGGAUGAAAAUACCGGUGACCUGGCUAGGGAUUUCGAAGGGUUGAAUGUUGAACAUGACGGCCGAGUUUCCUUCCAUGGACCGACCAGUCUGUUCCAACUGCCAAGUGGUGCGCUGAACGAGGCCACAUCUCCCUCGAACCCUACCCUGCAGUUAGAUGGCCGAAAAGAGAGGCUUAUCAACAAUGCGUGGCGAGAGAGGGCUUUCGAGCAGAUGGCUACGAUGCCGGAACCAUUUCAGUAUCUUCUUGAUUCACACUGGUGUUGGAUCCAGCCGCUUUUCAACUUUGUCUACCGACCAACGUUUACUCGCGAUAUGAAAAUCAACGGCCCAUACUAUUCAGACGCUUUGCUUAACGCGGUCCUCUCCCAUUCCGUGCGGUGGUGCAAGGCUGAACCUAGGAUUGGACCUAUACUAGAAUCGUUCGAUGGCGGCGCCCAAUUCUCACAUCGCGCAGUAUCAGGUCUAUACGACUCGCUCAAAGUUGGCCACGUGGGGAUCCCGACCAUCCAGACGUUGCUUCUUCUCAGUGCACAGGAGUGUGGGCGCGGAAACCGGUCUCAGGCCUGGCUAUACAGUGGCAUGGCUUUUCGAAUGCUCGACGACUUGGGGAUAUCGAUCGACAGCCGAAAAUAUUCCGAUUCGGCGCAUCUGACCGAUGAGGAUAUUGAGGUUCGCAAUCGACUUUUCUGGAGUUGCUAUUUCUGGGACAAAAUGGUUUCGCUAUAUUUCGGUCGUUCGCCUGUGAUGCAACAGUCGCGCGUUAGUCCGCCCAGAACGAUACUGGAUGACACCUCCGAGAUUGAGAUCUGGACUCCUCAUGGAGUGGUAUUCCCGGAUGGUGCACACUAUCCGCCGACUCAGGCGCACUCCACUUCCUGCUUCAUGCGGAUGUGUGGACUGGCAGAGAUUUUGAAUCAGAUCCUAAUUCACAUCUAUGAUCCCAUCCGGCAGGUCUCGGAAGCGGAAUUCUAUAACUGUGUUCAGGACCAAGCAAGGAACCUGGCUGAAUGGUGGGAGGAGUUACCGAGCUAUCUGAAGCUAGUACCCACGGAACUUCCUCCGUACUCCCCCCCUAGUCAUAUAGUGAUUCUGAAUUGCUUGUAUCAUACCAUCAACAUCUUGCUGCAUCGCCCGAUUCUCUGUUCAAAGACAAAUCGGGAAUCGUACGACAAGAGUCAUCUGGUUCAGUGCAUUACGUCUGCAACUUCCAUUCUCUCUUUGUUUGACCUUUACCGUCGCACCUUUGGGGACAGCCAUGUUGUUCUCUCUCUUUCUUACAGCGUAUAUACUGCCGCGUCUAUCUUCCUCCUUGAGAUCCAAGCUUUGAAAUAUGCUGCACCGGGAACUCUGGAAAAAAUCAAAUUCUGCAUAUUCGCUCUGGAGCGAGUUAAGGCCUCUAAUCCUGUAAUCACGACAGCCCUCAGCCUAGUAUACCAAGAGCUUCAGAAGCUUCAAAUCGACAUCCACGUCGGCGUCCCUCCCCCCCAACAUGAACAACCCCAAGCUCAGCAUCAGAAUCAGCCCCAGUCCCAUCCCCCAUCCCGCCACAGCCACUCUCCUUCCCUUCACCACCCGCAACAACAACAGCCCAUGGGUCUUCACAAUACCUCCCGUCACGUCUCUCCUCUACAGCAGCAAUCUGCCGAGCCUACUAUGGGGUCCUCCGUCACAACCGCAGGCGUGAGCUCCGCAUCUAUGCUUUCUGGGUAUGCGUUCCAACAGCCGGUCACGGACUUUGAGCUGUCGCAGACCAGCGUCCCCGCGAUGGCCACGACGCACGUUUUGGGUGGAAUUCCGAAUGCAGUCAUGACGCUCGACAAUCCUGGCUCGUACGAGAUUACUCCGGAAGUUUUCGAGGCCUUUUCAUAUGCAGAGCCCAUCUCGACAAAUAUGACGCCCGCAUUCGAUACUAGAUUAGCAUGA